UGAGACUCUGAAGAGUAGUAGCGAAGCAAGCAUAGAGUCUUGUGUAGUAGGACUGUAAUUUUGUGUUUGUGCUGUGUUUGCUGCUUCCUUUACACUCACACUUGUAUUUCUAAACAGGGGAAGUUAGUGUUAGAAAAAAGAAUUUGGAGGCAGACUCAAACACGUUACAAAAUCUGUGUGUGUGUGUGUAAGUUAAUAUAACUAACUAUCCACCUUACAACUAACAAAUGGACACACGAAGUGAGAUAAUGCAUUCAAAGUUCAAGAGGAUUUGUGUCUUCUGUGGUAGUAGCCCCGGCAAGAAAACUAGUUAUCAAGAUGCUGCCAUUCAACUUGGCAACGAAUUGGUCUCAAGGAACAUCGAUCUGGUGUAUGGAGGGGGAAGCAUUGGUCUAAUGGGAUUGGUUUCACAAGCUGUUCAUGAUGGUGGUCGCCAUGUCAUUGGAGUUAUUCCCAAGACGCUCAUGCCUCGAGAGCUAACUGGUGAAACAGUGGGAGAAGUAAAAGCUGUUGCUGAUAUGCACCAAAGGAAGGCAGAGAUGGCGAAGCAUUCAGAUGCUUUUAUUGCCUUACCAGGUUGAAUACCAUUUUCUCCCUCAACUUUGGUUUGAACAGUGACGUGAUUCAACCAAACUUCCUUUCUUUGAUAAAGAGGUGAAGUGAAGCAAGAGAACUUUCACGAGAUAACGUUUCCAACUAGCACCUGCACCUGACACGGAAUAAUGCUUGACCCUUUUCAAAGACUUUUUUUAACUGGUCGUUGUAAUCAUCUUCUGUGAAUAAUUGAAUGCUGAAAAUUGGUGACAUAGAUAGAGAGAGAGAGAGAGAGUGGGGAUGCACGCAAAGACAAAGUUGUCAUUCACUCUAUCUUGGGAUCCCUCGUACGAAA